AUGGCUGCGAUCACUGAAAUUCCCACUGACGUCGAUUCCGUUCAUGACAACGUCAUCGCCGGCGGAAUUGAGAAGAGUCUGAUGCCAGAUUCUAAACCGGAAAUCGAAUCGGACCUCAAACCCAAAUCCGAACCGGAGUUUGAUCAAAUGAAGAAGCUUGUGGCGAUGUUUAAGAAGCUGAAUCCGGAAGCUAAGGAGUUUUUCCCUUCUUACAAGAAGAACAACCACUCUCUGUCUUCUGACGAAUUUGUAAUCUCUAAGAAGCCAUCUGCUGAAGAAUUUGACGGUGACAACAAAAAGGAUGGCUUUAACCGGAGGAGAAGAAACGGCGUUGGCUAUAACCAAGGGAGGAGGGUGAGGUUAACUGGAAGAGCUUCAAAGGCUCAAAGAGAAGAUAGUAUUAGAAGAACAGUAUAUGUCUCUGACAUUGAUCAGAGUGUGACUGAGGAAGUCCUCGCUGGCUUGUUCAGCGGUUGUGGACAAGUUGUUGAUUGUCGAAUCUGUGGGGAUCCAAAUUCGGUCUUGUUUGUCCUCAUAGUCAUGUGUAGAACCUAUUAA